AACCUGCGAGUCAAAGCUCAGGGAGAAGCUGACGCCCACAAACACACACACACAAACAAACACACACACUCUCACACACACACACACACAACACACCGGAGCUGCUUUUAUUUUUAACUGGCCGGAAUGGACACCGACAGCGAAGUAGCCCCCAUGCAGACACCCAGAGGGAAGGACCGUGUGUCGGGUCCAGGCAGGCAUGAUAUGCUCGAUGGCGAAGCUUUGGAGAAUCCAGACGCUGACAUUGGCUUUUGUGGCUGGCUGUUGGUGGGGUUCUCCCUCCUGCUCAUGCUGGUUACCCUUCCCAUCUCCAUAUGGAUGUGCAUUAAGAUUGUGAAGGAGUAUGAACGAGCCAUUAUCUUUCGCUUGGGGCGCAUUUUGCGAGGAGGAGCCAAAGGACCAGGGUUGUUCUUCAUCCUGCCCUGCACUGACAGCUUCAUUAACGUGGACAUGCGCACAAUCACCUUCGAUAUCCCACCACAAGAGGUUUUGACCAAAGACUCUGUGACCGUGAGUGUGGAUGGUGUGGUGUACUACCGGGUCCAGAAUGCCACUCUGGCCGUGGCUAACAUCACCAAUGCCGACGCCGCCACCCGACUGCUCGCCCAGACCACGCUGAGGAACGUCCUGGGAACCAAGAACCUGGCGGAGAUCCUGUCUGACCGUGAAGAGAUCGCACACAGCAUGCAGGCGACUCUGGAUGAUGCAACAGAUGAGUGGGGGAUCAAGGUGGAGCGGGUGGAGAUCAAAGAUGUCAAGCUGCCCCAACAGCUCCAGAGAGCGAUGGCGGCUGAGGCGGAGGCCAGCCGUGAGGCCAGAGCCAAGGUCAUCGCAGCGGAGGGAGAGAUGAACGCCGCUCGGGCUCUGAAGGAGGCCUCCCUGGUGAUCGCAGAGUCUCCGUCUGGCCUGCAGCUGCGCUACCUUCAGACCCUCAGCACCAUCGCCGCCGAGAAGAACUCCACCAUCAUCUUCCCGCUGCCACUGGAGAUGAUGCAAGCCUUCAUGAAACGCUGAGGAGUCUUUGUUCUCAUCUGUCAUACUCGCACAUCAUUUACACAUAUUUAGGUCCUGUAUCCAGUUCAGGAAGUUGUGAUUUUGAAUGAGGAAGCACCAAGCUUUGCUCAAAAGAUCCACACUUGUGACCGAACCCUCUUUGCAUUUAAACACACCACAAAGCCUAUAGUCGACCGCCAGCAUACACUCAGGUGUAUGUUCCACCUCUCUGGUGAUUAGUAACCAGGACCAUUCUCAAGCCUGUGGGUCUUAGGUUAUUUUGUUCCAAACCACCAUUUCUGCAGAAAAUGAUUCUUUUAGAUCUGUCAAAGAUCUUCAGCAGAUGAGGGGAAGUUAAAAAAUUGAAAUGUAACUUGUGUCACAUGUUACAUGUGCUCAGAUCUGACCAAAGCGGAUGCGUCGCUACAGUAUUUUAAAACAGUUAUUGUGAACGACCCGUACCACAGCAGGUGGUAUAGCUUUUAUCCUGCAGGUUCCCCUGACUGUCAAAACAGAGGCAGGAAGUACAAACCUUUCAUCAUCCCUUUCUCAAACACUAAAGGAAAGUGCCAGCUGGAUAUGCAGCCUUACAACUGUGCACACACAUACACAUCCUUGUAUUUAUUUAACUAAUAUCCCCUGUUGACAUGGCACUACUACAACCACUGCCAGUUUCUUCGUGUCAUAAUUAUUUUCCCAAUAUCCAUCUGAGGGCUCUAAUGGCUUUACUGCCAAUCCUCAGAAACCUACCUCUGGUUUUUAGCUGUUCGCUGUGCCAUGACAUGUUUUCACUGAAUUUCAAAGUAAAAUGGUUCAAACACGAACCUGUACUUUAUUUAUUCCACAAAUUUUUAGGCUUCAACAAGGAGAGUGUUGUGAAUACAGUAUGUGUAUGAAUGCAUGAACACACUCAAACGUUUUAAUGGAGAUGUAUCAAAUACUACUUUUAAUAAGUAUUAAAUGAGUUUAGAAAGUAUUGGCCAGCGAUCUAGAAAUAGGACUGCAGGGACACACGCCAGGACAUACUGUCAUUACUGUAAUCUCAGAUUACAAACUGAAGACCUGGCUGAUGGGUCACAUAGAUUCCGACUGGUUUUCAGGCUUGAUGUUGCUGCCUGUCAUAUGUUUACAGUUCACUUUCUAUUCAUACACAGUAUAUGUAACGUUCAGGUUGGUGGACAAAAUACAACAAACACUUCAUAUUUACAUACAUUUUCAUCUUCGUCAGCCACAUGUGUAUUCAACCCCCUGUCAGGCUUCAGUCUGCUCAGGAUGAAGCAGCGAAUGACAUUUAAUGCAAAUCUUUCAGCCAAAGGCCUUAACUUACUGCCAUCGCUUCAUUUUACAGUCUAAAAUCUCACUUCUAUGCACUGUGAAGAGAACACUAUGAUUUUAUGACUGCAUGUUUGUUUUUUAAACCGCAGUAUCUUGUCUCUUUCCUUCUUUCUGGGUGCAACAAGCCAAGUAAUAUGCAGUUCUUAUAUGCUUCCUCCUUCUGACGUAUAGAUAACAGGAGGGUUGUCAAUGUACAUUGCAGUGUCUAGUCCAUGUCUCACUUAGUAGUGUUACCAUAUAUAUACAUAUAUAAAUGCAUUCAAGUUAAGUUUGUUAUAUUUUUCAGGGCUCAACAUUAACACUUGUCCACUUGUCCAGGACGAGCGUUAUUCUUAAUUCUUUAUUUUUGUAGAGCAGAAUAUUUUUUACGUGUCCCACUGGACAAGUUAAAAGUCACAAACAAUGAUAAAUACCCAGUGUCAUAAGGUUUUGUGCGACUCAUUACUCAGUUUUAAAUGAACAUCUGUUACAUUCAGAAUAUAGAUUUAAAAUAGGUUCUGUUGACAAAGCAGUAAAUGUUCUUAAUGAUUAAAGCUUAAUGAUAAAAUGAAUCACUUAUAAAUGUAUAAGUGUAUAAAUGUGACUCAACAUUUUAGAGAACAUAUUUACACAAAGAUAUUAACGACUCGGCAAACCACCUAAACAAUGUUUUACUAAAGGUUAACGUCCCUCAAACAUCAUAUUCACAUAAUUUCAACUGUCUAGGUCUCGUACGCCUGAGCCGAGCACAUUCUUUUAAAUGACCAUCUAUAUAACACAGUCCUGGUUUACCACUGAAUUUUGUCCAUAGACGUCCUGUUCAACCUUUUCACCUCUGUAUUAUCACCAUAUUGUUACUUUUACUGAGACAAGUUUGUCCAGGAGGGACGAGUGUCUCGUGUUAAUGUGGAGCCCUGGUUUGCUGUGACUUGUUUGAGGUUUCAAGUUUGUCUCAACUUGACCCAUGUUUAAUGUGCAUUGAUAUAUUUUCAUUUAUUCAUUUAUUUCUUGUGGAAUCCGAAAGCCUGAUCAUGUAUUUUACUACAGUAAGUUCUAUAUGUUAAAUGUAUUGCUGCAACAGAGACAGAUUAUUAAACUACAGCUACAUAGCCUAGUAACUUUAUAUUUAGACCUGCUCUAAGAUGAAUUUAAACUGUUACUGGUCACGUUCACUUGCAGCAUGACCACGAAGCAGCUUCUCUUCUUCUGCCUCUGACUUCUCAUCUUUUUUGUUUUUUUUAAAUAUAGUUUAUUGAGCAUCCAUGUAACAAGGUUUCCACAGAAAAAAAUACAAGAGAAAGAACCAAAAACAAUGCUCAUGUUUUUUGUUGAUCCCCCAAAGUAAAUUUGACAUAUUGUUAUUUUUACUGAGACAAGUUUGUCCCUCGUGCUUCUUGCCUCGUGUGAAUGUGGAGCUCUGGUUCGCUGUGAGCUGUUUGAGGUUUCAAGUUUGUCUCAACUUGACCCAUGUUUAAGUUGCAUUGAUAUGUUUCAUUUAUUCAUCUAUUUCUUGUGGAAUACCAAAGCCUGGUACAGUAUUUUACUACAGUAAGUUCUAUAUGUUAAAGAAGAGAAGAGUAACUGUAGCAUCAGGGUUGGAGGGAGACGGCCAAGCGACAAAGCCUCAUUAUACAUCACAAGCAGAACUGACUUAAGUAUGCCUUAGAUUAGAUUCCCAUAAGGUUCCUCUUGACAUAUCCGGUAAUAAACAAUAAUUUUAAAUUCGA